AUGAAAGUCGCUGUUCUUUAUUAUUCCACUUAUGGCCACCUCGUUGGUUUGGCUGAACUGGUUCGGGAUGGUGUAAUUAAGUCCGGCGCAGCUAGCCAAGCAGAUAUCUAUCAAAUCCCGGAGACAUUGUCGGAUGAAGUGUUGCAAAAGAUGCACGCUGGUGCCAAGGCUGACUAUCCAGUUGCAACUUUGGACACAUUGGAGGAAUAUGAUGCUUUUUUGUUCGGGAUCCCUACCCGAUUCGGAUCGAUGCCUGCGCAGUGGAAGACAUUUUGGGAUAACACAGGGGGCUUGUGGCAAAAAGGUGCUUUGCACAGUAAACCAGCAGGAAUAUUUGUUUCGACUGGAACACCAGGUGGUGGCCAGGAGGUAACCGUUCGUAACUCGCUUUCUGUCUUGGUUCACCAUGGUAUGAUCUAUGUGCCAUUAGGCUACGCCAACGCAUUUGCCCAAAUAACCAAUUUGGAUGAGAUUCAUGGUUCUUCACCAUGGGGUGCCGGCGCAUUUGCUGGCGCUGAUGGCUCAAGACAGCCUUCAGCCUUGGAAUUGGAGAUCGCCAGGAUUCAAGGUGAAUCAUUCGCACAAUCUGCUGCUAAAUUUGUUCUGAAACCAGAUUCGCAAGCAAAACCAGUUCCAAGAGAGACAGAGGAAAAGAUAGCUUCGAAGACUGAGACAGAGACAGAAAAGCCUGAGCCUGCCGCUUCUAGGGCUACUCAAAGAAAAGCUGAGUCUCCAGUCAAGGAGGACACAAGUUGCGGCGUCAAAUGUGUAAUCAUGUAA